CCUCUCCUCUCCACUAUAUAUCUAUAUUGCUUCCUUCAAUAAUCCUACAUUCCGAAUUGAUCCAACUGGGUGGGAGCCAUGGCGAAAUCGUCGCGGCAAAAUCAGAAGCAAAAGGAGAAUGGGAACUCUGCUACUGCGCAUGAUUAUGGUACAUGCCCCGCAAAGCCCAAUGCGAAGGCAAAGGCAAAGGCAAAUGCGGCAAAACGGAGUAGGAAGGGUGCGCCACGAGAAUCUCCUCUUCAACGCAGCUCCAUCUACAGAGGGGUCACCAGGCAUCGAUGGACCGGCCGGUAUGAAGCUCACCUAUGGGAUAAAGAUUGCUGGAAUCAAUCCCAAAACAAGAAGGGAAGACAAGUUUAUCUUGGGGCAUAUGAUGAUGAAGAAGUGGCUGCACAUGCUUAUGAUUUGGCGGCAUUGAAGCACUGGGGUCAACACACUCCUCUUAACUUUCCGCUAUCAAUGUACCACAAAGAGUUAAAAGAAAUGGAGGGUCAAUCCAGAGAAGAAUACAUAGGAUCAUUGAGAAGGAAAAGCAAUGGCUUUUCUCGGGGAGUUUCAAAGUAUCGUGGCGUAGCAAGACAUCAUCACAACGGAAGAUGGGAGGCUAGAAUUGGGAGAGUGUUUGGCAACAAAUACCUUUAUCUUGGGACAUACGCAACCGAAGAAGAGGCCGCGAUCGCAUACGAUAUGGCAGCCAUAGAGCACCGAGGGCUUAACGCCGUUACCAACUUCGAUCUCAGUCAUUACAUCGAACGGAUGAAACCAAAUCAAAAAGACCCAAGUCAAAUCAAUCCCUCGGUAGAUGCAAACUCCGCUGCUAGCCCAAAUAACGAGCCAACUCCAAGUGCUAGUUUUGAUGCCACAACGACGCAGCCAAUGCCGAAAACUGCCUCAACGGCGCUGGGGCUUCUACUCCAGUCAUCGGAGUUGAAGGAAAUGGAGGUGGCGUCGGAUGCCGCCGAGUGCCUCCCAACGUCGCCGGAGUUCAACGGAGGGAGGUGCUGCUUCCCAGAUGACAUCCAGACGUACUUUGAAGGCCACAUGGACUAUUCCGGGGGCUACAUCGCCGGAGGAGAUGAUAUUAUCUUGGAGAGUGAGUUCGACUCGUUCAUAUCGUCCAUGUUUCAGUGCGACUUUGAUGCUGCCGUAUAGAUAGUUGUGAAUGUGAAAGACGCCGAUGAGAGAGGAGAGGUUUUACUACUCAUUUGUUCAUAAUAUAAUUUUUAUGGAUUAGUCAUAUUUGUAAAACUAGCUACAGUUAGUAUACACCCCAAUACAUAUACAUAUUUUAUGAAAUCUAUAUAUCAGUGUUUCUAUCA